UUAUGCGGCCUUGGCUAACUAAAAACCAAGCUGGAGCCAGCGCAAACGAAGUUUAUUUUGAUAUUGAUAUUGAUAUUGAUUAGUAAAUCUUAUCUUAUCCUCUUAUCAAGGUAUUAUCGCCUUGUAGCAAAUAUAGCCUUGGAAAGUACCAAGGCCAAGGCGACAAAAUAGGGAGAGUACCUACGCUUGGAGCCGGAGGGGCGACUUGAAAGGGGAGGUUAAAGGUUGGAUAGUGUAGCUCAGAGGAGGUUGAGGUUGGACUGGUUGGAGCCUGGAGGAGCCACUAGAACAACCCCACUGAUAUUGGAAAUUGGUCCGAAACAUAGAAGCUGACAAUGGCAAUGAAUGGGAGCAACAAAGUUGCCUCAGAGAAGCAAAAGAUGGUUCAAGAAAAAUGUCUUGCAAUACUCACUAAUAUGCUUAAAGAUGAAGAUAACAAGUACUGUGUGGACUGUGAUGCCAAAGGUCCGCGGUGGGCUUCCUGGAAUCUGGGCGUCUUCCUCUGCAUCCGCUGCGCCGGCAUCCACCGCAACCUGGGCGUGCACAUCUCCAAGGUGAAGUCGGUCAACCUGGACACGUGGAAGCCGGAGCAGGCCGUGGCGCUGCAGCAGAUGGGCAACAGCCGGGCACGAGCCGUGUACGAGGCCAACUUGCCGGACAACUUCCGGCGGCCGCAGACGGACUCGGCGCUGGAGGCGUUCAUCCGGGCCAAGUACGAGCACAACAAGUACACGGCGCGCGAGUGGGUGCCGCCGCCGCUGCCCAAGGUCAACUGGGACGCCGAGAUCGAUGCCGCUAUCAAGGAACACCGCAACGCCAGGAAGGCGGGCCGUGGUCGCGUGGAAGGGCCGGCGCCAGUGCUGAACAAGCCGGUGUCGGUGCCGCCCGCCGCGCCGCGGCCAGCGGCCGACCCCGCCGAGCGGCCCACACCGGCACCUGCGCCGGCCAGCUCGGCGGCCGCCGACCUGCUGGGACUCGACUCUCCGGCUCCGGCUCCGGCUGCGGCUCCGGCGGACCCGUUCGGCGACUUUCUGGCGGCGGCGCCCGUCUCGGACCGGACGGAGCCGGUGGCGGCAGGCGACGCUCAGCUGGACAGCGAGGAGGCCAGCUUUUUCGGCCAGCCGGCGGCGGCAGUGACGUCCGUCGGAGGCGUGCUGUCGCGCGACUCGAUCCUGGCCCUCUACGGUCAGCCCGGCGGAUCCACAGGCGGGAGCGGGGGCCUGGUCGGCUUUCCAAGCGUGCCUGCCGGCGGAUACGCCCCGGCGCCUGUCGCCAGCUCGAUGGCUGCCGGCUACGGCUCGGUGCCGGUGACUGGCGCCCCUGCCGGGCCGGGGUACCCGCCCGGCGCGCCGGGGUACCCGCCCGGCGCGCCGGGCUACCCGCCGGUGACGGGCGCCCCUGCCGGGCCGGGCUACCCGCUCGGCGGUUAUGCGUACGGCCUGGUGCCGGCCGGCGGCGCGCCGCUGCAGCGGACGACGCCCUUCCAGCAGCUGCUGGCCGGACCGUACGCGCCACAGCCGGUGAGCGGCGCGCCACAGCCGGCCAACAGUCCGCUGCAGCUGCAGCAGCAGGUGGCCGGCCUGUCGCUGGGCCGGCCGGCCAUGGGCCCCGGCGGUCAGCCGUGGCAGUGAAGACGAGCUGCUCGCCGCGGAACGAGUCGGCUGAGCUGCGGCUGUCCUCGCUCCGUGGCGCGCUCAGUACAACGGCGCACCGGCCAGAGGCGGACUCGCGUCGGCCGCCCUUGUAUCCGACCCUGACCGAGGUCGAUUAUGAAAUGGACAGCUUUAUCGUGUGGCGUCAGUGCGCGCUGUUCUUGUCCUGUCCUGGGUGGCUGGGGGCGCACGGUAUUUAUUUAGGGGGCGCCCAGCGUGUGGGGCCGGCCGGACGUGGCUUAUCGUACAUGUAUCCAAUAAAUGGGAGUGACAAUGG